AUGACGUUAUUGUUGGAUCAGAAUGCGCAAGAAUCGUUCCUUCAUUUUUUACGCUAUUAUUGUUAUUGGAGCACUGGUUAUUUCCAAAGGUAUAAGCUGGACGACGACUUAGAAUACCGUCGUCAACUAUUAAAUUUACGAGUUCGGAGUUUGGUACGUCGUUUAGCAAACGAUUUGCGACAAGUACGAAAUGCUUUAAAUGAAGGAGAUCUUUUAGAAACAGUUAUUUUGGUAAUUGCCUGUAAUCGUUUUGAAGCAUUGAAGGAACAUCUGGAAUCACUAAAAAAUUUACAAGGACCCAAAGUUCCGAUUGUUGUUAGUCUUGAUUGCAAUGAUGAUGCAGUACGUGAUCUUAUCCUCAGUGCUGGUCAUAAUGUUACUUUAAUAGAAAAUCCUAAUCAAUCUUCAUUCAAUCUAACCAAACAGAAAAAAAAGUAUGAAGAUGAUUUAUUACUGGCUCCGGAUUUUCUGGAAUAUAUGUUGGCAAAUAGAAAGUUGUUAUUCGAAGACCCGACAAUUUGGUGUAUAUCAGCGUGGAACGAUAACGGAAAAAAAGAACUCAUUGUGAAGGAUAACUCUUUGCUGCAUCGAACCGAUUUCUUCCCAGGUCUUGGUUGGAUGCUUACAUCACAAUUAUGGGAAGAACUAAAAGUAAAGUGGCCCGAAACAUUUUGGGAUGAUUGGAUGCGUGACCCAGCCCAACGUCAAGGACGAGCAUGUAUUAGACCUGAAAUAUCACGUACGGGUAUCAGUUUAAGAGGCAAAAAAGGUGUCAGUAAAGGCCUCUAUUACGAGAAACACUUAAAACAUAUCUUGAUUAAUACGGAUUUUUUUCAUUUCUCUCAGUCUGAUUUGUCUUAUUUAAAAAAAGAAAAUUAUGAUCCAGCCUUCCGUAAAAGUGUUAUUGGAGCGGUUCCUGCUACUUUGGAUGAAAUUCUGAAAGGACGAUUUUCAAAUGGUACUGUUUUGCCGGAAAAAGUACGCUUGUUUUAUGUGGCUUCAGCUGAUUUUAAGGCAUUUGCCAGAAAAUUUAGUGUAAUGGAUGAUUUCCGGUCAGGUAUAUGUCGUACUUGCUACCAUGGAGUAGUCUCAUUUCGGUAUGGCAAGCAUCGCGUUUUCCUAACUCCAAAAGAAAUUCAAAGCAUAUGA